CCCCGUCGCCCCGUCACACCCGCCCGUCCCUCCCCUCGCCGGCGCCAACAUGCUUUCCAGGUCCAUCAGGCGGACCAUUGCCUCGCCGCUGCGCCAGCGCUUCGUCGCUCCCGCCGCGCGCCCGGCCUUCAGCCGAUUCGUGACGACGGAUGCCGCCUCGUCGCACGCCGACCGCGACCAGGUGCCCGAGGCCGAUGACCAGCCCUUCGAGGUCCGCCUCUCGGACGAGGCCUUUGAGACAUACGAGCUCGACCCGCCGCCGUACACGCUCGAGACGACCAAGAAGGAGCUGAAGCAGAUGUACUACGACAUGGUCGCGGUCCGCCGCAUGGAGAUGGCCGCCGACAGGCUGUACAAGGAGAAGAAGAUCCGCGGCUUCUGCCACCUCUCGACCGGCCAGGAGGCCGUCGCGGUCGGCAUCGAGCACGCCAUCGAGCGCGCCGACCACCUCAUCACCGCCUACCGCUGCCACGGCUUCGCCAUGAUGCGCGGCGGCACCGUCAAGUCCAUCAUCGGCGAGCUGCUCGGCCGCCGCGAGGGCAUCGCCUACGGAAAGGGCGGCUCCAUGCACAUGUUCUCGCCCGGCUUCUACGGCGGUAACGGCAUCGUCGGCGCCCAGGUGCCCGUCGGCGCCGGCAUCGCCUUUGCCCAGCAGUACGAGGGCAAGAAGCAGGUCACCCUCGCCCUCUACGGCGACGGCGCGUCCAACCAGGGCCAGGUGUUCGAGGCCUACAACAUGGCCAGCCUGUGGAAGCUGCCCAUCAUCUUCGGCUGCGAGAACAACAAGUACGGCAUGGGCACCGCCGCCAACCGCUCGUCGGCCAUUACCGACUACUACAAGCGCGGCCAGUACAUCCCCGGCCUGAAGAUCAACGGCAUGGACGUCCUCGCCGUCAAGGCCGCCGUCAAGUACGGCAAGGAGUACUGCGCCGCCGGCAAGGGCCCCCUCGUCUACGAAUACGUCACCUACCGCUACGGAGGACACUCCAUGUCCGACCCGGGCACAACCUACCGCACACGUGAGGAGAUCCAGCGCAUGCGCUCGACCCAGGACCCCAUCGCCGGCCUCAAGCAGAAGCUGCUCGACUGGGGCGUCACCACCGAGGAGGAGCUCAAGUCGCUCGACAAGCAGGCGCGCUCCGACGUUGACGCCGAGGUCGCCGAGGCCGAGGCCAUGCCCGUCCCCGAGCCCACUGGCAAGGUGCUGUUCGAGGACAUCUACGUCCGCGGCUCCGAGCCCGAGUUCCUGCGCGGCCGCGUCCCCGAGGAGAACUUCUACUACACCGAGCACGACAUGGGCGCCGAGAAGGAGCCCAUUGCCCGGACAUCGUAGUGUUGGAAUGGAAGCCAUGAGCGUUGAUAUAGGCGCCAUGAGCGUUGAUAUAGGCGCCAUGAGUGUUGAUAUAGGCGCCAUGAGCGUUGAUAUAGACGCCAUGAGCGUUGAUAUAGACGCCAUGAGCGUUGAUAUUGACGCCAUGAGUGUUGAUAUAGACGCCAUGAAUGUUGAUAUUGACGCCAUGAAUGUUGAUAUUGACGCCAUGAGUGUUGAUAUAGACGCCAUGAGUGGAGGAGGAGCGUUUGCAUAGUGUAAUUCUAGGAUUCGGCGUGCUCGAUGCCCUGUGAGGAUAGGCUUUCAAUUGCAUAUCAUAUCAUCUGGGCUUUCAACUACAUAUCUUCAACGCCGUCCUGUGCUGCAAUGUCCUGUGCUGCAAUGUCCUGUGCUGCAAUGUCCUGUGAGGAUGGGCUUUCAAUGAUACACACACAUAGUAACACAGAAGGAAUGCAGUCAAUGAC